AUGGACUCGAAAGUCCCCGGUUUGAUGGAUGAGGAUGGCGAGGAGGAAGAGCCCGGCGAGGAGAUCGAGUCUGCCCCGCCGCUCAAGGUCGGGGAAGAGAGGGAGAUCAACGGCUCGGGCCUCAGGAAGAAACUUCUCAAGGCAGGGCAUGGUUGGGAGACGCCUGUCUCUGGCGACGAGGUGACAGGUAACGCGCAGGCUCUACCAGCAUAUUCGGCCGUCUCCCGCUUGCGUGUCGGUCGUCUUGGAGCUUCGAAUGCGGGAGUUUCUCUUCUUUUACGUUCCUAUUUACGGUGUCUGCGUUUUCCUGGUCCUGUCUGGUGGGAAUUUCAGUUCACUACGUUGGUCGUCUUCUGGAUGGAAGGCAGUUUGAUUCCAGCAGGGACAGAGGGGCACCCCUGACGUUCAAGCUCGGCCAAGGUUCUGCUCUUGGACUCUAUCGUUUUCAUUCCUCAAAUCAACUCAAAGAUUAACUCCGACUGCCGCGUUAUUUUUCUCGAUAUGUACCUAGAUUUUUCACCGAUCGCCUAAUCUAUCCUCGGCCUAUAGGCUGGCUGCGUGCUCUAUCUGUUUGCUUACUUAUCGCUUUCCGUAUGCUUACUUGCCGCAGGAAUGGUUUGUGAUUUACCGUAGUAUCAUCUGUGGCACUUCUACGACGUUAACUUUCACCCUCAUUAACUUCCUGUUGGUUUGAAGGGCAAGUGGUGCCUGGGCUGGACCGUGGCUUGGUCACCAUGCGGAAGGGAGAGAUCUCAUUGUUCACUGUGCCCUCUGUCCUGGGCUAUGGGGAUGCCGGUGCCAAUGGCGUUUUACCUGGGUCUGAUCUGCAAUAUGAGGUUGAACUAAUAUCUUGGCUGGCUGUGGUGGAUGUGUGCAAGGACGGGGGAAUCAUUAAGAAAAUCUUAGUGAAAGGGAAUGGUGGACAGCCCCGUGAUUUGGAUGAGGUCGCAGGUACCCUGAAUGCCUUUAAGAGGCCUUACGACGCCUUAUAGCGUUUUUUAUUUUUAUUUUUUUAUAGUUUGUAAGAAUGGCUUUAUAUUCCCUCAUAAUUCUGGGUAUUUGGGAUUCGCUGUUCAGUAAAGUACCGAGUGAGGCUUCCUGAUGGAUCAGUUGUUGCCGAGACUUCAGAUGGAGGAGUUGAGUUUCACAUCAACGAGGGUAACUUGCUGUGCCCAGUGCAACAGUAGCAUUUGAAUUCAACUGGAAAGGAUAGAUUUUGUGCCUCAGUCUGCAUUUCUUUCAUGGAAGAGAACUGAGAGCUUCAUGCAACUCUUUUCUGUUGUAAUUGUACCAUUUUUUCAGGUCACUUGUGCCCAGCGUUGCCAAAGAUUCUCAAGACUAUGGAAAAGGGGGAGAGAGCUGCUGUAACAGUUCAGCCCCAAUGUAUAUCUUCUUAUCUUGAUGCACGUCUUCAUUGAUCUUUAGCCAUGAAUCAGUGACUUAUCUGGCUGCCAAGAAAUGUGUCAAGGGGCUUAUUUCUGUGAAAGUAUUUCUGAUCUUCAACUGAUAAUUUAUCUCUAGAUUCAUCUGUAGUCAUGUCUCUGUGACUUGUCUGGCAGACAAGGACUAUAUCGAUGGCCUUAUUUGCGCGUAAAUAUUUUAAAGCCCCAAGUGAUAAUCAAUCUGUAGAUUAUAUUCUCUGAAUCUAAGUUAUCCUGACUCCUUUUAUAUUGAAUCCUAGCCACGUAGGAUAGAAUUCUGCUUCUGCAUGUGCAUGCUACCUCGAAGAUUCAUUUUUCCAGACGAACCAAAUGCUGAAAGUUGGUUGGUACAAAUGUUUUCAUUGAAUGUGUGCUUUUUGAUGCGGAUACAUAUUUACCAUAGUUCGACCCGGUUUCUGGUAAAAUUAGGACAAAGGGUUAGUGGAAAAGGAUGGGUUGACGACGCCCCUGAACAUCUCAAAGAGCUCAAUACAGUGUCAAAUCAAACCUCAAAACAAGGGAAGCAGUGAUUUCGAACAUGAACUAUGAUGAUUUUCUGACGAAGUUGACAUGAGGUUUGUUCAAUUCGGAGCUGUAGUUCAAGAUAAACAUCACGGCCAACAAAUGUGUCCGACCUGUAUCUAUCCUUGAUGUCAAUUUUUAAUGUCCUCUUGGCUCUAUUCUUAAUUGUCUGUAUUGGAUUCCCAACUCUUUCUUUUAUUCUGUAUUGGAAAGAAACAUGUAAUCGGAAGGGAAAGCUGAAGGUUCUCAUAUCUAGCAUCUGAAGUAGGGUUUUUUUACCAUUUUGUUCCUCUCAGUGCGUCAUUAAGGAUUGCAGUGUAUAUAUAUUCUUACAGUUGGAAGACGAGAUUCUAGGAAUACUGGGGUUAAGGACUGAAUAACUUAAAUUCUAAAAUAAGAAAAUCCAAUUCCUCAAAUUCGAAGCACCUUACUUCUAACAGGGGGUUAGUAGGAGAAACUCUUUCAUUCUUUUCUGUUCUUGAUUUCAUGUAUUUCUCAACCAUGCUUGAAUUCUUGUAUUGAGCGAAAUUACUUAUAUUUUCUUUGAAUAUCGGUGUACAGAUGCAUUUGGCGAGGAUGGUAGAGAUCCCGAGAACGGAUUUCCUUUGAUUCCUGCAAGUACUAUUCUAGAGAUUGACCUUGAGCUGGUGAGAUUCAAGUCAGUCUUGGAUGUGAUGGGUAACAUGAAAGUGGUAAAGAAGGUCCUGAAAGAAGGAGAAGGUUAUCGUAGACCAAAUGAUGGAGAAUCAGUGAGUGGUAAGUUCCUAUUGUUAAAAGAAAAAGAUCAUCCAAGGCCCUUUGAUGGAACUAUAAUGAAUGUGGUGGUACUCUCGGCUAUACACUGUUGUGGCAUUUAUAUUAUUUCUCCUCCAAAUCCAUCAAAACAGGGCAUAAGUGCUCUGCACCCUAACCUACGUUCUUCUGUUUUUCACCCUUUUACCGUAUGAUAUCAAUUAGAUGCAGAUGGUUUGUGUAUUCACUUCGAAGUUCUUAGUGACAUUAUGUCCUUUCUAUUUUUUGUGAUAUAUUUUCGGAACACUUUUUUUUAACCUGUUCAAUUGGAUGUUUGUAUCAUCCGGGAUACAAUGCCAUGUUGCAGUUAGAUAUACUGCUACACUGAAAGAUGGCACAAUCUUUGAGAGAUUUGGCCACAACGGGGAGGAACCGCUACGGUUUGUUGUAGAUGAAGGUGAAUUUUCUGCAUGUGUUUUUAGUUUUAUUGGUUUAUCUCCUAUUGAACCAUGCAGUAAACAUACCUAGCUGCUAAAAAUAUCAUGUUCUGGCAAUGAACGUUUCCAAUGUUAUAGAGCAGGUGAUUGCAGGAUUAGACCGUGUAGCAGCAACAAUGGCGAAGGGUGAAGUGUCUCUUGUUACAGUGGAACCGGAGUAUGGGUAUGGAAACUGUGAAGUGAAGGGGCAACUUUCCACUAUUCCUGCGUCCUCAACCUUAAUUUAUGAAAUUGAGAUGGUGGACUUCACCAGGGUAUGUUUCCAUCUAUAAUCUUUGAAGAACUAAAGAUAGAUUGUGCAUGUAUAAUUUUUUGGUGCUUAUUUUUUUAUUACAGGAGAAAGAGCCAUGGAAGCUAAAUGGUCAAGAGAAAAUCGAAGCAGCAGGGAAAUUGAAAGAGAGUGGCAAUUCUCUAUUUAAAACAGGUAAAUAUCAGCGGGCUGCCAAAAGGUACGAGAAGGUAUGGAGUUAUGGUGCUCGGGACUCGAUUUGUUCAUCAAUAUUAAUGGCAACAACCUGAAUAAAAUUUUAGUUUUUAAAAUUUUAUUUUAUUUUCUCAUUAUUUUCUUCUUUCUGCAGGCUAUUGAAUAUAUUUGUGACGACGAGUCAUUUUCGAGUGGUGAGCAGAAAAUGUCGAAUGAUUUGAGGGUCUCUUGUUGGCUGAAUAAUGCUGCAUGUAGCCUUAAACUAAAGGAUUUUCAAGGCACAAUCAUUCUGUGUUCAAAGGUAUGCUGACUUUAAAUGCUUCGUUGAAAUAGAAGCAUUGGAACCACCAGGUUGGUUCCAUCCUUGUUCAGAACUGGUGAAACCCCCUGUGAUUUAGGAUCCCUCAAGACUCUGACUUGAUCUUCGGUUGUCUCCAUCGAUUUCUUAAAGGAAUGUAUGCUCAAGUAGCAGGUUUGAUUCCCAUGUUUAUCUCCUCUGUUUUGCCGAUGCCAGGUACUUGAUGUUGAGUCCUAUAAUGUGAAGGCGCUUUUUAGACGCGCUCAAGCUUACCUUGAGAGCUCUGAUCUCGACUUGGCCGAAUUGGAUAUGAAGAAGGCUCUUGAGGUCGAUCCACAGAACAGGUGAUUUUUCCCAUUCUUCAAUAGAGGGGCUCAUGAGUUUCUCUUUCUUUAUCUUCCUCCAAAUUUGCACGAGAGGUUGACUUAACUGGAGUGCCUAGAUUGGAAAGUGAAGUGGCAUCAGUCUUACGAACAUGACAGAUUACAGCCUAUUAUAUUCUAAUCACCUCGAGAUACUACAGAAGUCAAAAUCCCAUUUUGAGCUGCUCGCAGAUCUCUCUACUUGGAACCAGGUUUAUUCAACGGCGUUCUUGCAAUGGGGAUAGCUGCUGAGUAGACGAAUCAGAUCAGACACAUCACUUGAUUCUUCUCUCCUUGAGGAUAAGAGUGGCGGUGAAAGUACAUCUCCGGCUUCAAGAACGAAAAUAUUUCUUUCAGGGUUUUUGGUCAAGUGCAUUUAUAGCCUUUCUGAGUGGGAGAUAGCGGAAGGAACAUGCCACAAAUAGGUUGUGGCUCGCCUACCAAGAGUCAGAGCCCAGCCAAUGGAUAAAAUAGGGGAAGCAAAGUAUGUGACGUGAAGAGAGAACAAUGGACGCGUAGAUGAAACUGAGUAACACGAUAGGCUUGCUCUUGAGAGGCUGGGAUGGCGUCCUGUUAGUAACAUAAGCAGGGGAAAGAAUUGUCUCGGCUGAAAUAUUUCGGGAAGAGGUCUCUGGUUGGUGCUUGCUUUCCCUCUUUGUUGCACCAUUCUUUUGAGAAGCAGACGAACAAGAUGACCCAUGAAGAAAAUGAUUAUACCCUCUUUUGAGAAGCCUAGUCCUCCUCUUUUGUUUUAGGGACCUCCUGAUCUUGACGGUGGAGCAGUUCUAGAACUCGAUGACUCUUUCCCUCCAUGGGUGCUGCUGCACAUCUUUCUUGAUCCGCCGACACAGAAGGCUCUGAUAGCAUGUGGAUGGAAACUGAAGAAAAGAAGACAAAGAAGGGUAGAUGGGCAGCCAAAAACAUGGGCCCUAGAAAGAUUACAUGAUAAAGGCACAGAUGCCCUCGUCUUCUUGACGGUGCUCAACGGAGCUCUCACGGGCGCACCGCUAAGAAUAUGCACGUGGACACUUGGCGAACCUUUAGAUAAUCUGAUCUUUCGUGGUGAAAUCAGAACUCAGAGUGGUAGACGUCUUCUCCAGAUUAAAUGACUUUGCGUGCUCUCAGGUUUUAGGCAAACUCUUCUAAUCUUUGGGAUGUGAACAGAGAGACAAGACCAUCGUCCAUCUGAGGUUCAGAUGGCUUAAAAUGAUCAUCCUUUCUGUGGGCUGUUUCUGUUCAUCCUUACCCGAAGUGUUGUGAGUUCUUCACGAACGUUGAUUUCCCCUCUAUCCCUGCCAAACUUUCAGGGAUGUGAAGGCCAUGCAGAAGUUGCUGAAGGAGCGGCGGGCAGAGAAGAACAAGAGCGACGCGAAGCUUUAUGCGAACAUGUUCUCACGGAUGAGGAAGGAUACAGAUGCGGAUCUGAAGGUGACAUUCUACAAGUUUGCCCCUUAUGAAUUCUGGCAGCUGUCUCUGGAUCUCAGUACCUCAGAUCUCAAUGGACAUCCCCAGAAACCCGGAUGUUGGCACAUCGGCCUUGAAAUUCUCUCUGCAGCUGCUAGAUUGGUGGUGCUUCACGGCCGGUCUGAGACGAGCUCUUUGGUCCCGCGAUGCAGAGGCUGA